GUGCUGUUUUAGAUCCAACAUGGCGAUGACGGCAUGCCAGUUUACUGCGAAGUUUUGUUCGGUUUGCUAACCAAAUGUAGGAGGGUGGUUGCAAGACUGAGCAUUGUCACGUGACUCGCACAUAACCGAGCUGCCCAAUUCCAAUAUGGUGGUCAGCUCUGCAGGCUUACGUUUCUUGUUGAUGAUAUUGUUCCUCUGCGGGUUAGGGUUCGGCGCGUCCAGCCAACAAGCCCCGCAGGUUUUGGGGCUCCGACUGGAAGACCCCCAGGGUCGGGUGUUUAUGCGGGAGAGGAUCAUCUCGGCGCCGUACGGGUCUAGUUUCAAGCUCAGAUUGUUCGGUACCUACCUAAAUGGGACUUGGCCAUGGGUCGCUUUCGCAGGCGCUCCGCGGGGGGAAGCAGGUGCCGUCGGAGACGCAGAGGAUCCUUGUGAGCAAGAGAAGCGACGGAACUCGUCUGCGUUCAAGGUUUCCGGGGGAUUCGGGCUGGACGAGGUGUACAGUGGGCUGCUAACGGUCCAGGCGGAAAAGAGCAUCCCCGCUGCUGCAUCCGCGGGAGGAGGGGAUGCCAGUCUGAUUUAUCAUCACUUGUGCGUCUGGCAAGGCCACAAAUGGGCAUCAGCUGCUCCCGACAGGUUACGUAUCCUGACCGACCCCGGGUUGCCUCCUGAGCACAUUCCAGCGUGGGGAGUGGCGUUAAUAAUCAUUCUUAUUCUAGCUGCUUGUGCGACACUCCGGAGUCUCAACAUCAGCUUGUUGUGGCUCGACCCGCUCGAGCUGUACGUGCUGCACAGCUGCGGUUCCGAGAAUGAGAAGCGAACCGCCAAACGCCUCGAGCCUGUCCGCAGGAGAGGGAACUUCCUGCUGUGCUCGCUCUUGUUUAUUUCUUCUGUGGGCCAUUCCGUUAUCGGCGUGCUGUUCUACCGGGCCCUGGGGUCAAUCGCGCCCGCUGUGUUUACUAGCGCUAUUCUCAUUUUCCUGCUAGCAGAGGUGCUGCCGCACGUGAUAUGCUCCAGCUACGGGUUCCAGAUCGCGCCGGGCCUGACGUGGCUCGCGCAGGUUUGCAUGAUCGUGACAUGUCCCCUCUCGUGCCCCCUCGGGCUUCUGCUGGACCUGGCCCUGCGACGCGACAUCAGCGUGUACGGCCUACGGGAGAAGAUCAUGGAGAUGAUAAGGACCAACGUUAACGACCCGUACAAUGAGUUUGUCAAAGAUGAGUUCAGUCGCGGUGCUCUUCGAACCAAAACUGUGGAGGACAUCCUCACCCCGCUCAAAGAAUGCUUCAUGCUUCCUUCUACUACCGUGCUGGACUUCGGUACCAUGUCGGAAAUCAUGCAGAGCGGCUACACACGGGUGCCGGUGUACGAGGAAGAGCGAUCCAACAUCAUCGAGAUCCUGUACGUCAAGGACUUGGCCCUGGUUGACCCCGACGACUGCACCCCUAUCACCACCAUUACCAAGUUCUACAACCACCCCCUUCAUUUUGUCUUCAAUGACACGAAACUGGACGCCAUGCUGGAGGAGUUUAAGAAAGGUAACUCUCACCUGGCCAUCGUGCAGAAAGUAAACAACGAGGGAGAGGGCGACCCCUUCUAUGAGGUCCUGGGCCUGGUCACUCUGGAGGACGUUAUUGAAGAGAUCAUCAAGUCCGAGAUCCUGGACGAGUCUGAUGGCUACAUGGAGCUGAAGGUGAAGCGUCCAAUGCCCCCUCUGGAGAUUCCCCUGGAGCCGCGUUCCGUGAGUGAGGAGUUCUCCCUGUUCAAGACGCCGGAGGGAGGAGAGCCCAAGAUCCGCACCUCUCCACAACUGCUGCUCGCCACACACCGAUUCCUCUCUAGAGAGGUGGAGCACUUCAGCCCGCUGCGUAUGUCCGAGAAGGUCCUGCUGCACUUACUGCGGCACCCCAGCGUCAACCAGGAGGUCCGCUUUGACCCCUCCAAUCGCCUGAGCCCUGACCACUACCUCUACACCCGCAACCACCCCGUGGACUACUUCAUUCUCCUGCUGCAGGGCCGGGUCGAGGUGGAAAUUGGCAAAGAGGGUCUGAAGUUUGAGAAUGGAGCUUUCACCUACUACGGUGUGUCUGCACUCACAGCGCCCUCCUCAGUGCACCAGUCUCCAGUGUCCACCCAGCGCUGCUCUCCGCGGGACCCGUUUGAGCUGGGCGAGGCAGCCAGCCCCUCCAGCUACUGCCCCGACUACACCGUGCGCGCCCUCACCGACCUGCAGAUCAUCAGGGUGACGCGUCUGCAGUACCUGAAUGCCCUGAGGGCAUCACGUACAGGCCAGAGUCCUGAUCCCCCCGAGAUUAAGAUCUUACCCAACAGCCAGACCAAGCUCCUCAACGAGAGGAACACUACCCAAGACUUUCCUGUUCACUUUUCAUUCUUUGACACUAUCGAGAACUUCUGUUAGUGCAGUCUGCUCUGCAUGAGGUCCGAGUGGGACCCAGGAGGAAGCCUCUGGAGACGAGACGCUAAGCUGAGACGCCUCCCAGUUACCCCCCAGCUACCCCCAGCUAUCCCCAGCUAUCCCCCACUUACCCUGACACUUCAAAGGAUUUUAAAACGAAUCAAGUGAAAUCAUAUUUUCUAAAAAGAAAUAAACGACGUAGGAGAUUAGAAAGAAAA